GUUCACCCCACCCCCAUAGCCACCGAUAUUCUACAAACGUGCUUGCAAUGCAAGAAGAUGGCAGUCAAACAGUCGUUUUCUUACACAGGAGGAAACGCACAGGGGACAUCCGAUGAAUGGGAGUCAAAUUCCAACACAGCGUUUACGGUGCGAGCUGUAGACUGGCUGAGCGAAGUGGAGAGUGAAACUGUGUUCUGGACCUACACAUUGAAUCUGGCUUAUAAUUUAAUGUACGGUACAUAAAGACGGAGGGGAGCCCCACUUGUGUCUGCUUUUGAAAGUAUACGGAGUUACUGGAAUACAAAAGCGUAUUACAUAUUAUUAUAUUAUGUGUAUUAUUAUGUUUUAUUCAUCGAUGGGCAAAAACACAUUUUAAACGGUGCGGGCAUGGAAAAUGCGUGCAAGAUUGGGACACGCUGACAGAACAACCUCAGGAUAUAAAAAGUGAAGACCCAUCUGUGGUUAAAGUGAGGAUCCAUCUGUAGUUGGAAAGAAGCAAAACUUUGAUGCUGGAUCCUGCGAUGCUAGAGGAACCCAGUAAAGACCCCAUGACAGUGCCAGCAGCCCCAGAAAGAGCUGUCAUGGAGAAGGCCAACAUCAAUGACCACACUCCGACUGUGACUAUAAUAGCUAUCCCUUUGGUCACUGAAAUCCAACUGAACGCGGCAACAGGUGGUGCAGAACUCUCCUGCUAUCGCUGCACAGUGCCGUUUGGUGUGGUCAUUCUCAUUGCCGGUAUUGUGGUCACUUCUGUGGCCUACAGCUUCAACUCACAUGGGUCCACCAUCUCUUACUUUGGGCUGGUGCUACUAUCUGCUGGACUGGUGCUAUUGGCGCUAAGUGCGGUAUGCUGGAAGAUGAGACUUGAGAGAAAGAAGGAGAGGCGGAGGGAAAGCCAAACUGCAUUGGUCUCAAACCAGAGGAGCAUCUUUGCAUGAAGGGAAAGACUGAUCAUCAGGAGAGAAAUAAGUCUGUGAUAUGUUUGGGUGCGAGAGGAAACAGAGGUAGUGGUUCAUUUGAAAACAGAGUGGAGACAGCUGUAUCCAGAUGUUUUCAUGACUGACCAACGUCUGUGGUGGGUCGUUGACCUGCAAGGCUUUGACCUCAGACUGUCUCUAGGCUAAGCAAGUCAAAACAUCUUAGCUUUUAUGAAGUUGUUGGGUUUUUAAUCUGUCAAACAGACUGGUCACAUCUGGGAAGCUGGGCAGACAGCCAAACUGAAUGUAUCAAAAUUAAGACAAAUUACCACUGUACAAAGCAAUGGAGAGGAUGUUUCCUCUCCAUUAAUCUACUGUUGCAUCUGGUGUCUUAGAUUUACUGGGAGGGAUAGUGGUCUGAAAGGAGGGGGACAUAGGAAAAUCCAGAACAAUGAAUCAUGCUUCAUUUACAAUGUUUUAGGCAUAACAUCUCUCAUAAAGUCUGAUUGUUCCUUUUCAUUUCACACAGAAUUAUGUUCAAUUACCUGACAUGGGAAUAUGGUACUUACAUGUUAAUAUGUAAUGAUAUAUAUUGGCAUUAUGGGGACACAAAAACGUGUUGUUUUUGUUUGUUUAUUAUCGUAUUCUCUGAAACAAGUCGAGCUCAGAGAUAAAGUCAAUUAGAUGUCACACAGUAAUUAUGUAUAGUACCUAUGAUGUACCUAUGAUGUUAUAGGUAGUAUUGCAUUAUGAGGGAAUAUGAUUAUUGACAAAAUAUAACUUACAUCGAAUUAACCUUGAACUAUUCUCUGUAAGCACUGUUCCACACCAUGAUUAACAUGGUGUUCUAUGUAACUAUGACGACAAGAUUCUUUGGAAUUACUAGCAUCUUGCCACAGUCUUGUUGUCACGACAGUACUUGCCAUUGUCAGUAAAUGUAUUUCAUAUGUUGAGCGAUAUGAAAUGUUCUAGUAUUUUAUUCCACUUUAAUAUAAUCAUUUUUAUGUAUGACUUCUCUGUUAACAGUACAUCAAUUGUUAAUAGGUUAUAGUGAGGUUUAAUAAACUCUCAUCCAUAUUUAAACAUUU